AUGUCUUCCCAACCGAACUCCCCACGCCCUGGACAAGACCAUACACCCGCACACCCCAGCGGUCUUCGCCAGACCUACACCGCUUCCUCAUCCAGCUCUGUCAGCGACACCGCGGGCCAGGCCUCUUCCACACGACGCGAUGCGGGUCCCUCGAACCGGCAUGGGGCGGGGCCGAGCCGGCAGCAUGCGACAGAAUCGACGUCUCUCCUUGGCGCCACACUGGACUUCCGGGAAGAAGCACACGAAGGGCCUUGCAACCAUGGCACCUUCUCGCCACGGCCGGCAAGUCCUUCGGGGAGUCUUCCGGGCGACUGGCUUAGCCCUUCCGAAUCCGAGACGGAGGCCUCGGUGCCCGGUAUCGACGGCACAGUUUCGGAGGGCUCGAGACGUAGGAGCUGGAAAAGGCGAUGGGCGUCCAAAAUGAGGAGCAAGAAGAUGAGCACGUCGAGUGCGCUGGCCGAGCAACAUGGCGUGAAGGACUCUGCCCUGAUGUACCUCUCAUACUACCUCCCCGUCAUGGUCUGGGCCAAGGAAUACAACUGGUCCUAUUUCAAGGGCGACUUCGUCGGCGCUCUCACCGUGGCCGGCAUGUACGUGCCAAUGGCGCUCUCCCUCGCCGAUAACCUGGCCCAUGUCCCUCCCCUGAACGGCUUAUAUGCCUUCGUCUUCAACCCGCUCAUCUACGCCCUUCUCGGGAGCUGCCCCGCCAUGAUUGUCGGUCCCGAAGCAGCAGGCUCGCUUCUUGUCGGAACUGUGAUCAAAUCUGUGGUCGACCGGGGCGGUAGUGAUGAUGACGCGACGCUGCAGGCCAGGCUUUGUGGCAUCAUAGCCGGAAUGUCUGGUGCCAUGGUCCUCAUUGCUGGUGUUGGUCGUGUAGGGUUUCUGGAUAGCGUGCUUUCGCGCCCGUUCCUGCGAGGUUUCAUCAGCGCCAUCGGUGUCGUCGUGGCCGUGGACCAGCUCAUCCCCGAGCUCGGACUCAAUAAACUGGCGGAUCAAGCCCACAUUGGCCACGCCAGCAGCGUCGACAAGCUCGCCUUUAUCUUUCGAAACUUGGACAAAACCCACACCCUGACUUUUACCGUGGCGGCCACGAGCUUCGUCAUUAUCAUGGUUUGCCGUGAGAUCAAGCGCCGUAUGCAGCCCCGGUACCCGGGCGUAGCUUACAUCCCGGACCGCUUCCUCGUCGUUGUCCUGUCCGCCUUCCUCGCCUAUUGGUAUGAAUGGGACAAGGCUGGUGUCGCCGUGCUCGGCAAAGUCGAGGCGGCCAGCGGGCGUCUGUUUACCUUCCGCUGGCCGCUGCAGCCGGCUAACCUCGGAUACAUGCGUGAGGCCAUGAGCACCUCGUUUCUGAUCGCCCUGCUCGGCUUCUUCGAGUCCUCAGUCGCAGCCAAGAGCCUUGGCGGCGAAGCCUUCGCCGGCAUCCAGUUGAGUCCCAAUCGCGAGCUAGUCGCCCUGGGAACGGCCAACCUCGUCGGCGCUUGCUUCUCGAGCCUACCCUCCUUUGGCGGCUAUGGCAGGAGCAAGGUGAACAAAUCGACGGGAGGCCGAACCCCCAAACCCGUCCUGUCAUCCCUGAUCAGUGUUGUAGCCUGGUCCUUGAUUGAAGAAUGCCCGCACGACAUUUCAUUCUUUCUCAAGAUCCGUGCUUGGCAAGAACUGGGGCUUAUGGCCGCCAUUGUCGUUGCCACCAUCUUCUUUUCCCUUUCUUUCGGCAUGGCCAUUGGUGUCGGCCUUUCCUUGUUGCAGGUCAUCCGCCACGCUACACGCCCGCGCAUCCAAAUUUUGGGCCGCAUCCCCGGCACUAACCGCUUCGAGAACGCCGAGGCAAAUCUUGACCGUCUCGAGUUCAUCGAGGGGUGCCUGAUCGUCAAGAUCCCAGAGCCCCUGACGUUUGCAAACACCGGGGAGAUGAAGACACGGCUGCGGCGGUUGGAGCUGUACGGCUCAAGCAUGGCUCACCCGGCACUGCCGCGGCUGAGGAGGGAGGAUUGGAACCGUAACAUCAUAUUUGACAUACACGGCGUGACAUCGCUCGACGGCAGCGGAACACAGGUGCUCGAGGAGAUUGUGCGGGACUACCGGCAACGGGGUGUCCGCAUCUUUUUCAGCCGAGGACCGGGACAUGAUUCCAAGGUCGGGCAAUUGCUACGGAGCAGCGGCAUCAUUGAGCUUGCGGGCGGUGAACACCACUUUGUGGAUGAUGUCCACGAGGCGUUGAAGCUUACCGAAGCUGAGGAACAGAGCGAGUUUGGGGGCUUAGAUGGCCAUGUUACGGAGUCGCGAUAG